UGGCGGUAAUCCCAGACAUGUUCUGUUCAUUUUAGUUGAUUUUAGAUUUGUCUCUGACAAUGUUUGCCUCUGCUCUGUUUAUCUCAUGUUAAUAUUGCGAGUAGUUUAAUCUCGUAUACCUUCGUAAAAGGUCGGACAAUGAAACUGUAUCAACAACAUUUAUGAUGAUUGGUUUAUCGAUUGGGUCUGAAAUUCUGUUUUGAGUCCGACUGUCACAACAGUCAAUACUAACACUCAGUAACACAGUAACAGCAGUUCGGCGAGGAGACCUAGUUUACUGCAGUGCAAUUAAUACUAUUAAAGUAUUUGCAUUAGCAUUCUCUGCUUUAAGCCUAUAGUGAGUACUGAGUUAUGUGCGAAUCAAUGUUCGACAAACCACGACAAUAAAGGUUAACAUCACAACUCGUCCACCACAGGAGAGCUGCACUGUUUAGUAAAAUUGUGUAAAGUGUGAACUCUCUUUGUCACGAUGACAUAUCAUGCUUGUACUGAACCAGAGUUCUACUAUCGAUGCACUGCCUGCUCUGAAUGCUUCUUCAGGCAGGAAGAAUUUUUUAACCAUGCACAAGAAGUGCACUGCAGGCUGCUCAGAUGUCAAGGACACAACCCCGAUGGAGAGAGUACGGUUGGAAGUGAAAACGAGGCGAGCACGAGUGCAGCGUCAGAGCCGAUAGAACGAGCGUACUCUUCGCCAGACGCCACGACGGCCGUCCAGAUUAAGGUGGAGCCGCCGGACGAAAGUUGCGACAAUAACGUGCAGUGCGUCGAUUCUCUCUCACCGACUCCCACCGGACAGCAACCAGACAACCGAGCGCUGAUGCAGUUUGACGACACCAGCAUGUUGUUUCCCCGAACGGCAGAAGACAUCAACUUGAAGCUGGAGCAGUAUGUGGACGACCAGGACGACAGCGAUUUCUCUUGCAUCGCCGAGGUGUACGGUACAAACAACAGGGACGCGGCCUGCCCUUCCAGUCUCGUCCCGUUUUCCGGGGAUGAACCCCGCAGCACGGCUUCUUUUCGAUCUGUCGGGAGGCAGCCACCAACAUUCACGCUCGAGAACGUUUUGGGGACUACGUACGGGUUAGGAAGCUCCGCAAGCGCGCAGCGAGCCGGCGGGCCGACGUCAGCGCCAUCUAUCUACGCGUCGGCGCCGUCGACUAGCGUCGUGCAAGCUCCUUACGGGAACUCACAGCGCGGCCGCACGACGAGGGCCGUCGUGCCGCGAGCGAGCGUGAAGACAGUAGUGCCCAGCGAUCACGCCGUACCGAGGGAAUACAAGUGUCCGACGUGCAACGCCGACUUUGUGAAGCGCAAUCACCUACAGAGUCACUUGCGCAAGCACAGCGACAAGGUGCUGCACUGCUGUGUCGUGUGCGACUACUCCACGCGAUUCCUGCAGUGCUUCAAGAGACACAUGAGCACGCACACGGGCGAAAAGCCGUUCAAGUGCUCGAUAUGCAGCUUUGCUUCUGCGCGGGCGUACAGUCUGAAGUUGCACGUGCGGAGGCACGUGGGCGAGAGACCGUUCAAAUGUGACGACUGCGAUGCCGCGUUCACGACGAAAAACGAGGUCAAACUGCACCAGCACAUUCACACGGGCGAGAAACGAUUUAAAUGCAACUGUUGCUUAAUGGAAUUUUCAUAUAGUAAUUCUCUGAGGCGGCACAUGGCCCGCCAUCCAUCACACCAAUAUGCAUAAUAUCAGGAGUGAAUAAUAAUAGAUAUAUUAUUAUUCACUCCUGAUAAUAUGUACGAGCGUUGAUGCCAUAAUCAUGCUAAAGCCUAUUGUAGUGCAGGAAUUAUGCAAAGAGUUGCGACUCAUUCACUGUUUUUCUCCUCGUUUUAUUUAUGUCGUGCUGCUAAAAUCACUGCCCAAGCAUCUGAAUUUUAUUUCAUGUUUUGUGCUUAUUCCUUCUAACUUUUCAUAGCAAGUAGAACUUAUUAUAACGUAAAUUGUAUUGCGCUUGUAUUUGUCUGUGAGCUUGCAAUUUUGUUUUAUAUAAUUUAAAUGUUAUGUAAUCAUGUUGUGAAUAAAUUAGACCCGAUGCAUUUAGAACACGAA